CACACCGGCUCUCGCUUCCGCCCGGGAUAUAUUGGCGGAGGUAGCGGACAGUUUAUAACUGAGGCACCAGGGUCCGAAAGAUCAUAAUGCGGAAAUGCUUUCAGCAUUCUCGGCAAAAAAAAAAGUUACUUCCUCCGAAAUAGGAACAGUCCAAGAAACAGACGCAUGAAGAUCUACGUUAAGUAACAGUAAAGUUAGUGAGACAACAGCAAUGGUAACUAUAAUUAAGGUUGACAGUGCUGGUGACAUUACUAGAUACAAUACCACAGGAUACAUUAUUUCGGUGACAGCACGGCGGAAAUUACAGUCAGUUGAUAUUCUUUUCUUUCACAGUGGCGUUGCUGUUGAAGACUCAUUGCAGAGACGGCUUGUCCCGGCUUUCUUGCUGCAAAGCCGAGCUGGCUUGACCAUGGCUGGGACCCCUCUGAUGCUGAGCGUCGGGCUUAUCGAAAAAGACACCAAUGGGGACGCACUGUGGGUAUGGUGUUACCCCACCAUUACAGCAGAACUCCGAGAGCUGCUUUUAAGGAAAUGCUCUCUCACUGGUGAAAAUGAUGUCUUCCCUACCUUUGUCUUUGGCCAGUUCAAAAGAACUUGGUACUAUAUCACAACCACACAAGUCCAGGAUCCUACUGCAUUAUCUAAGGUGACCCAUUUCUCUAUAGUGCUAACUGCCAAAGAUUUUAACCCAGAAAAAUAUGCGGCGUUUGGGAGAGUGUUAUGUAGGACCUACAUGAAAUAUGGUAAUCCAGCCAAAAUUACGGAAGGUUACAUUUCUGUUCUUACAAAUGGCAUCUGUCAAAGUGAAGAGAAUGGAUCAUUCUUUACAAAGGACUAUGAUGCAAAGAAGGCAUAUCUUGCAGGAUCCAUCAAAGAUAUAGUGAAUCAGUUUGGAAUGGAAACUAUUAUUCUGUACACGGGACUGAUGCUGAAGAAAAGGAUUGUGGUCUACCAUCCUCGUAUUGAAGCUUUGCAGGAAUUUACCAGGACAUUGCCCACAUUAACUUGGCAUCGGCAGGACUGGUCAAUACUACAUCCUUACAUGCACUUAAAUCAAAAUGAGCUUGAGGCACUGAAAAAUUGCACUGGUUACGUGGCUGGUUUCACAGACUUAAAGGUGACUGACCGGCCAGGCAUCUACGAUGUGUUUGUGAAUUUGGUGGAAAGUGAGAUCAUCAUCGCACCCCAUGCUAAAGAAAUAAUGACAAUGGGUAAGCUGCACAAAGAUAUAGGACAACUCAUUGUCCAGUCAGCUGGUGACCCAGAGAAAUCAGAUGGCCAAGUGAUUAAGGACAUUUCACAUAAAACAAAGGAAAUAUUGACCACUUUAGCCUCACUCGCGCCAGACGAGGAGGGGAAAUCCAAGAUCACUCUGGAGAUCCUAAAGGAGCGGCGUUUUCCACCCGCUACCGAGAGCUUCCUGUAUCACCUGGCAGCUGCUGAACAAAUGUUGCAAAUCUGACCACUGUUCUACCUUUCACAUAGUGGGCCAAGAUCAGUCAACAGAGAAGUACCCUCCAACCUAACUGCUCUGGUAGCAAAAUGAAUAAAUGAUUGAAAUUGAACCUGCACCAGGCAUCUCACAUCUGACCUCAGUGAUGUACGAUAAAUGGGACCUCUGCAUGGCCAUUGAUUUUCUAUGAAAAUAUUUCUAUUAAAAGAACCUGCCACUUUUUGCUUUGAUCAUAAAAAAAAAAAUUUCUUCAGAAGCCCUCAAAGUUUUUAUCAGUUAAAAAAUGUGUCCCUCAUCGCAGUUCUCAGUCACAUCCUCCAGCACAUCGAGAGCAUGGUUUCCUGCAACACCAAGCCAAUUGGAACUUUGAUCCCCAGCACGCUCUCAUCUCUCUCCUGGCAGCCGAUCACACAGAAGAAAGAUAUUUAAAUCGUGAAAUCCUGAUUGAACACUCACAAGGAGUCUUGUGCAGUGUGGAAUUUCGUCACAAUGAGACCUUGGGAGGGGAAAAAAAAUAGUGGGCCAUUUCACAUCUCCAACCGAACAUGCAGACACAAGAAACGGCAGGUGCUGGAAUCCUGAGUUAAACAAUAAAGUCUGAAGAAGGGAUCUGAUCCAAAAUGUCAUCUGUCCAAUCCUUCCACAGAUGCUGCCUGACCUGCUGACUUCCUCCAGCAUUUUGUGCUCCUCCAACUAUUCUAACAAGUAUUGAAGAAUUUCUAGGUCAGUGGGUGCAUUUGACAUUUAUAACGUUUGACAUGGCAUUCUUAAUUAAUAUUAACACGCACAGGUCCAAAUAGUCCAAAACCUGAACAUCUCUUUUGGAGAAAUAGUUCCACAAAUUGUUGCAAACUAAGUUAUCUUCUCUGAAAUUAUGCUUUGGAACAAUUUUGGGUUACAGUAUAAGAAUUACUAUUGUAAAGAUUUAUCAUCAUAGCCAUGUGCCUGUUAUUUACCUGCCCAUUAUUCUUCACCAUCCUCUCCUAAACCUUCGAAGAGAGAGUUAUUGACAAAUGGUUGGAUAAAGGCACAAGAUGAAAAGAUGUGAGAUAUGGAGGUACGAAUAGAAGAGGCAUGAAAUGUGAAGCUAGAGGAAGGAAGUGGAAGUGGACGGGAGGAGGUGGUUGAAGAAAUCCACAGAAUCUUUCUUCCUGACUCUCCCUAUACCCUGACAUGUGACUCUAUGAUUAAGUCAAUAUAUAAUAUACAAAAUUAUAUGAUUAUGACUUAAGUCAAUACAUGGCAUACUAAAUUAUAGUCUAAAAUGUCUACUUUCUAACUAUCUGUUUAUCACAUUGCUCGAAAGUAAUUUGAGAGAUUAUGUAUUCAAGCCAUCUCCCAGGUACAGAACUGAUAAGAAUGUGUUUCUAAUUGAACUCAUUAAUUUAAUUAAUUAUAAUGAAUUCUGAGGUAAACAAAUUAUUAUUGGCUCCUUGGAAUAAAAUGGUUACAGAUUACAUGCACAAAUAUGCAUCACAGCCCUCAGACACAGAUCAGUAGAUGUAGCAUAGAAUCUAUUUCUACUCCAAGCCCAAGCUUGUCAUGAAUGCCAUGGUUCAUCAGAUACAAAGCUCCAUUUCUCUCAGUAACAAGCGAUUGUAAUUGCAUAGAGAGGAUCAGGCUGACAUAUGAACUGUGUAAAUGCAUCGAAAAUGAGCAGAUACAUACAUAGUGUCAAAAAGAUUAAGUUAUUGAUUACUGCACUUGAAUCGUUUGCGAGGAGAAAGCUGUAAGAAUAAUUUUGAUUUUACAGUGAGAGAAAUGCACACAAAAUAGAUUUCUCACCAUUGAAAGAAUCAUUGAGUUGUACAAAUGGGUUCUUUGGUCUUUUCCUACCACUUACUGACACUAAGGGAUAGCUACAAGCACAUCAGUAGAUGAAACUCUAGCGCUCCCAGCAGAAACCCACAUAGUUAUAGGAGGAUGUACAAACCCCCAUAUAGAGAACACCGAUGGUCAUAGCUGUGUGUCUGAGGGCCUGCACUUGUGUCUUUGUUAGUGGAUGACUAACACUUGAUGAACACUUGAAGCUUAUUUUUUAUAGAAUAUGUGCAGAAAUAAGCCAUUCGGCCCACCGAAUCUACACCGACCAGUGAUCGCCAUACACUAGCAGUAUCCUACACACACUAGGAACACUUUACAAUAUUUACCAAAGCCAAUCUUUAGAUUGUACGUCCUUGGGAGUGUGGAAGGAUACCGGAGCACACGGGGAAAACCCAUGCGUUCACAGGGAGAAUGUACAAACUUCAUACAGACAAUACCCGUAGUUAGGAUCAAACCUAGAUCUCUGGCUUUGUGAGGCAGCAACUCUGCCACUGCACAACCGUGUAUAUAGCCCAUAAGGAAACUUUAUUUCACAUAAAACUCCAUUUACUGGCCUUGUUUGGAAUUAGUUGCCUUCCCUAUCAGACUUUGCCUCAGUUCUCAAUGAAGUUCUCAUUGAUCCCUGCUUGAAUUAAUAUAGUGGUUGAGGUCAUUAAAACCUGAUCUGUAAAUGUAAAGAGGACCCUACUAGCUUCAGCUUCUUAAAUCCAGUCAAUCAUGAUUGAGGCAUGAAAGAAGACGUUGAAAUUGUGGAUGAGGAAUUAAAUGUCAAGCUCUGAAGCUAAUUCUAGCAUUGACCCACACAACACUUUCUUUCCUCUUCUCUCUUCAUCUAACACCCUUAUGUCUCCUUUGACACUUAUUCCACCCUCUGCCAAUGAGUUCCCCUCACUGUACUGUUCAUUUGCCAGACUUUGUUGCGCUCCCUCCUCACUUUUUCCUCCCCUUUACAAUUGAUCUGAAGAAGGGUCCCUACGCAUAAUGUCGCCUGUCCAUCCCCUCCACAGAUGCAUUCUGACCCGCUGAGUUGCUCCAGCACUUUGUGUUUCCUCUCGCUAAAGGUAUGUUUCUUUCCUUUAAUAAGAUUUACAGAAUUAGAUUCUUUACAUUUUUUAAAGCUUUAAGAUGUCUGCUCGUCUAUCUAGCACAGGAGAUUCUUUAAUACGGGAAAGAGAGAUCAGAAGAUAGAAACAACAUGUUGGAGAGAGCCUUCUUCAGAAUCGCAACGUCACACAUUCCAUUCCUUCGCUCCAGACAUGCUGCCUGUCCCGCUGAGUUACUCCAGCAUUUUGUGUCUAUCUUCGGUUUAAACCAGCAUCUGCAGUUCCUUCCUACACUAGAUCAGUUUGGUAGUAGAACCGAAGAUAGACACAAAAAGCUGGAGUAACUCAGCAGGACAAGCCACAUCUCUGGAGAGAAGGAAUGGGAGACGUUUCAGGUCGAGAUUUUUCUUAAGACUGGAAACAUGGGACAUUUUCAAUAAAGAGUGAAAUUACCAACCAGAAAAGAAGGAACUUUAAGUAUGCGUAUUAUUAAAAUGCAUGAUGGAUAUUGAUCACUUAUGGCUGAGGGUUAAAGUGAGCUUUGAGCCACUUUGGUGUGGAGACCUGAGCUUAUCUGUGAAAGGCACAUACUGGGGUAACUCAGUACCCCAGGAGAACAAUCGGAAGAAGUGUCUUGAUCCAAAACGUUACCAAUCCAUGUUCUCCAGGGAUGCUGCCCCGAGUUACUCUGAGUUACUCCAGUUACAUAGAAACAUAGAAAUUAGGUGCAGGAGUAGGCCAUUCGGCCCUUCGAGCCUGCACCGCCAUUCAAUAUGAUCAUGGCUGAUCAUCCAACUCGUUAUCCCGUACCUGCCUUCUCUCCAUACCCUCUGAUCCCCUUAGCCACAAGGGCCACAUCUAACUCCCUCUUAAAUAUAGCCAAUGAACUAGCCUCAACUACCCUCUGUGGCAGAAAGUUCCAGAGGUUCACCACUCUCUGUGUGAAAAAGGUUUUUCUCAUCUCGGUUUUAAAGAAUUUCCCCCUUAUCCUUAAGCUGUGACCCCUUGUCCUGGACUUCCCAAACAUCGGGAACAAUCUUCCUGUAUCUAGCCUAUCCAACCCCUUAAGACACUUUGUGUCUUUCCUUGGUAAACCAGUAUCUGCAGUUCUACAUCUCGAGGUGUUGUCUGUAUUUUGGCAGCAGGCACUAUCAAGAUGUUGACAAUGAUUUGUGGAGUGCACCUGGGGAUCCAGAGCUGGAUCAUUUCAUCUAAGAGGAUGAGCCAACACCAGUCGUCUUGCUGAUGGUGGCCUUCCACCAUAGUCCUGGGAGAUAGGGAGGAAAGGAUUCAUGAGGGAAGCUAUUAGGAAUUUUGGGAACGGAGAACAUUUGUACUGCUCCCUGCAUAUGUGAAUUGCCCAAGGGCCACAUUACCCAAUAGAGUGGUUUGAAGAUGUUGCUCACCAUGUGAAAUGUUUUUAGGCAGGUACAUACUGUGUAUAUAUUUAUAUAUUUGACCUCUGAAAGGAUGCAGUAAAAUAAAAAAAAGACACAAAGUGCUGGAGUACCUCAAGUGGUCUGGCAGCAUCACUGGAAAACAUGGAUACGUGACAUUUUGAGUUGGUACCCUUCUUCAGACUUGACACGACACCUCUCUCUGGUCUCCAGAGAUGCUGCCUGACAUGCAGAGUUCUCCAGCACUUUGUGUCUAUUUGUAAACCAGCAUCUGCAGUUCCUUGUGUCCACUGUCAACUAAAGUUGAGUUUGUCUUAUGCACAAGCGCAGUGAGUUACAGGUACAGUGAAAUUCUUACGUGCAGCAGCAUCACAGGCACAUAGUCUCAGACAACACAUAAAGUACAUAAGUUACAUAUAAAGUCUGCAAUGCAGUAAAAUGUAGAAAAUACUGUCCCAAAAGAAGCAAGACAUCGGAGCAAAAAAGAAUUUCAUUAAAAAAUUAGAAUGUGAUGUCUCCAUGGUAAAACCUCUGCACAAUCACCACAUGAACACUGAUCACACCCACUGGUUUGAGAUCUCUGCGCCGAGCAGUCACUGACUUCAUGAAUGGGUGAAAACUGAUACACCAUCACACAACAAAGGAUGCUUAAUUUAUAGAGCAUCAUUAAAUGCCGAAAUGUCUGACCUGUGAAGGGUUCUUUGACGUGUAUCAGAACAUAGAAAGUACAACAAUAUAGGUGAGAAACAUAAUGUUUAUUUCAAUUACAAUGGAUCUCAAUGUUUUACAUUCAUUAUUCUAAACAUUUUACCAGCAAGUAACAUUUUUGCAAUGAUCGGACUCCUGAGGUACUUGUGUUGUGUGCCAAACAUCUAGGCUUAACAAUGAUAUGCCAGAUGAAUAAAUAAUCCUCGUGCAGAAAGCAACCCAGCGAUCAGCUUCAGUGGCCCUCUUUCACAAACCUCUAUUGUAAUAAAGUUCAUCUUCCGUUGUGUUUGCUUGAAUUAAAGGUUCUAGUUUGCUCUUGUUUAUCUGAAAUUAAAAUCAAAUAUUACUUUGCUUUCUGGACUUGAGAGAAAUAAAACACAUUUACCUUGUA